AUGUCUGCACUAUCUGGCAGCAUUCUGCGAGCCUUGCUCGAGACGAGUGAUCUCGAGGUUUCGGAUCAGGUUGCGUUCAAGGAAGUUAUCGGUGCCACCCAUGACAUAUCUCAGGAUGAUGAGCUUGCACGUCGUGUACUGCGCUCUCUCAUUGAGUACUACGAGACUCAGGCCAUGUUGACCACCCUGGACAAAACUGUUCUUAAGAAGCUUCUCGGUACGAUGACGAAACUCCCAGCAGGUGAACACAUCGCGGUUUCCGAGGACAAGGAAGCCGCCAUUGCAUCAUCAGGUCAGGCUGAAGGUUCUACCAUCAUGAGCCACAUCAACGAAACAUUCGACGGUGCUACACUGGGCAACGGGGCCGCAGAGAGCCUUAUGAGAGGCGAAGGAACUGUUCCGGCUUCUCCUAAGGUUCUUCCAGUUCGGGAAACCACAGUUGGUGGUCUGCAUGAAACUGCAACCGAUUGUUUUCUUGUUGCCUCUAGUGGCAAUGGAACUUAUGUGCCUCCUCACGCUCGUGGAGUUCUUACCGUUGUCGCAUCACAUCCCAACUCCACCAGUCAGGUUAACCCGAUUACUGUGCAGCACAUUAGCAGCGUUACUAUAGGCGUUAACCGUCUGAGCCCCGGUACAGAUGAGACAUGGGACACGAAGACUGCCCGAUAUGGCGGUAUUCACUUGAAUAGACUAUCUGCCAGAACUUUCGAGCAACAGUUCGUGAAAUCUACAACGCCCUUCACCACAGGAGAGGUUAUGCAGACACACCUGCCCAAGCGAUGGAUAAACGAGGCCACGACAUCCCGAGACGUGCUUAUGAAGAACUAUGGCAUCGGUUCCAAACUCCUGUUGAACAUGGGAUGGAACCCUGGUUCCGGCCUCGGAUCCGAAGGAAUCGGUAUCAAGGAGCCUAUCAAUGCAUGGGAUACGGUUUUUAAUGAUGAAUUCGUGUCAAAUCGAACUGGUCUACACCUUCGACCUCGUGGUGAGCGUGACCAGCCAGCCGUACAAGACGAUGUCGACAAAGUCAAGGACGAUAUCGCUAGCAUGCACGAUGAGUUGGAGAACGGAGAGCUCUCAACAAUCGGCGCUCGUAAGGCAGCCUGGCAGAAGUUAAGCAGCGACCCAGUCGCACAUGAUCGAGAGAUCAGAGAGAAGUGCCACACUGCAGCGAUCGAGGAUCAAAAAAACAGUCCUCAGAAGAGUUUACAGCUAACAAAGCUCGAAUUAGUCUCAGACCGACCCAAGAGAGAGCCAUCGUCUCGACUUAACGGACAGGCAAAUGGCCAUGGAGACCACCGCGCCAACAAGGUACCCAACUCAGAGAAUGGCAAUGAUUGGGAGGCCCAACGUGCUGCCUUUAACGCCGACCCAUAUGGCCACAAGUCCGAUCCUCGAUAUCCGCAAUACUAUUUCAACGGCUGGUGAGCAUUGUGUAGGGAGAAGAACGCCCAGGUCAUCUAUGACAGACCAAAUAUGUGGGGUUGACCACUCUUCAUAUGUUGGCGGGAGACCUGCUGGGACGAAUCACUGCGAAUAUCGGUGUGAUGGAAUAGGUCAAGGCCAUGGUGUUUGAGACGUCUCGAACGGGAGACAUAGGAUUGCCGACUGUUGCAUUUUCAACCUAGAUAGAGUCACAACAUAGACGUGCCCCGAUGGUACAACAGGGCCGAAGUUCUUCCAAAAAGCGUUCCCCAUUCGCCUGAUCCGAGCCGAUGUCUCGCGUUGAUACCAGUAUCACACAAAACUCACCAUAAUGCUUACGUACUCAGGGAUUGUUUUUGUCAUGUUAUGAACACGGACGAAGGAUGUUCAGUCUCACCGCAAACCGAAAU